CUGAAGUUGUUAUUUUUGUGGCUAUUGACUCCGCGAGAUUAACGCACGCCACUGUGUUCUGUCUCGCUCUCUCAGUUAAAUAUUUUUCAAAGAAUUAAACUAAAAAUAAAAAUGCAAGAAGCGUUUUCGUGGUUGAGACAGUGCAGUCAUUUCGAGAGUUAAAAUUGUGCGUAUGUCCGAAAAAAUCUGUCAAAUCAUUUCGGCAAGUGUAAAAAUAAAUACGGUUGGCAGCCCGGCAUCUGAAGUUGUCAUUCACUGUGGUGGAUAGAUAUAUGCAAUUGUAUAAUAAAAUAUCCAAAAUUUUUGUUAUUUGUGAUUUUAUUAGUGGUGUUAAUGUGAUUUUCUGAGUUGGCGAGAUCGUGACCGACCUCGUAGACGGCGCUUCAGGCAUGGCUAGCGUUUCGUACCAGAUUGCCAAUCUUCUUGAGAAGAUGCAAUCAUCUGACAAAGAUUUUCGUUUUAUGGCCACGAAUGACUUGAUGGCCGAAUUACAAAAAGACAGCAUUAAGUUAGAUGAUGAUUCUGAGCGCAAAGUCGUUCGAAUGUUACUUAAACUUCUAGAGGACAAAAACGGAGAAGUACAAAACCUGGCCGUGAAAUGUCUUGGGCCGCUGGUCAAUAAAGUUAAAGAGUUCCAAGUAGAGACCAUUGUGGAAGCUCUUUGUACUAACAUGGUUUCCGACAAGGAACAAUUACGAGAUAUAUCUAGUAUUGGUCUGAAAACAGUAAUUGCCGAAUUACCGCAAGCUCCAGGAGGCCUAUCAGGGAACAUCUGCAAGCGAAUCACCGGCAGGUUGAGCUCAGCAAUCGAAAGACAAGACGAUGUCUCUGUGCAGCUGGAAGCUUUAGACAUAGUUACUGACUUGUUAUACCGUUUUGGAAACGUGUUGACCCCACAUCACCAACAAAUUAUAAACGCUCUUUUACCUCAAUUGUGUUCACAACGUCAAGCAGUGCGCAAACGCACCAUCGCUGCCUGCAGUAACUUGGUUCUUUCAUGUAACCAACAACUGUACAAUCAACUCAUCGAACACCUCUACAACGGGAUGAGAACUGACACUAAAAAUUCGCAAAUAAGAACUUACGUACAGUGCGUGGCUGCAGUGUGCCGCCAAUCUGGCCAUAAAUUUGGAGAACACAUUGAGAAGUUUGUUCCUUUAAUUCAGAUGUGGAGCAGUGUUGAUGAUGAUGAGACUAGAGAGUUUUGUUUGCAAGCUUUCGAGAGCUUUAUUAAUAGGUGCCCUAAAGAAAUCACAUCAAGAAUUAGUGCUAUCACCGAGUUGUGCCUGAAUUACAUGACUCACGAUCCUAAUUAUAAUUAUGAUGAAGAUGGGGAUGACAAGGCCAUGGGGGCCUAUGAUGACGAGGAGGAAGAAGAGAACGAUGAGUAUAGCGAUGAUGACGACAUGAGCUGGAAAGUUAGAAGAGCAGCUGCUAAAUGUCUGGAAUCUAUUAUUUGUACCCGACAUGAAUUAUUAGCAGAGUUCUAUAGAGUUUUGUCUCCAGUGCUGAUCUCUCGUUUCAAAGAGAGAGAAGAAAACGUGAAAUCCGACAUUUUCCGCGCCUACAUUGCGUUGCUUCGUCAAACGAAAGCAACUAUGAACGUGAACAUAGACCCGAAUUCCAUGGAACAGGAAGAAAUGCCCAUCUACCUCCUCCAGCAGCAAGUUCCAAUAAUAGUGCGAGGAGUCCAGACCCAAAUGAAAGAAAAAAGCGUGAAAACCAGGCAAGACUGUUUCCAACUCCUCAAGGAAUUAUGUCACGUGCUACCUGGCGCUUUAACCAAUCAUAUCGGCGACCUCAUGCCCGGUAUUUUGUUUUCGCUGAGCGAAAAGAACGGUAGCAGCAAUAUGAAAAUCGACGGAUUGUCGUUCAUAUUCUGUCUGUUAACGUCACAUCCACCGGAAGUUUUUCAUCCACACAUUAACAUUAUUUUGCCUCCUGUGAUUAACAAUGUUGGAGAUAGUUUUUAUAAAAUUACUGCAGAGGCUCUCAGUGUGCUAAAAGAGCUGGUGAAGGUCAUCAGACCGUUGAACCAAGAACUGAAUUUUGAUUUCACGCCGUUCGUGAAAGAUAUCUAUAUUUGUACUUUGAUGAGAUUGAAAACUGCUGAUAUUGACCAAGAGGUUAAAGAAAAGGCGAUUUCGACGAUGGGACAAGUGAUUUGUAAUUUGGGAGAUCACUUAGGGAGCGAAUUGCCGUUUUGUCUUCCUUUGUUUCUGGAUAGAUUAAGGAACGAGAUUACGAGAUUGACGACAGUGAAAGCUUUGACAAAAAUUGCUGGGUCGCCUUUAGGGAUUGAAUUACCCAUCUUGGAUGAAGCUAUUCCGAUCUUGGGGUUGUUCCUGAGAAAGAACCAAAGAGCUUUGAAGCUGAGUACUUUGCAACUACUUGACUGCUUGAUAAAGAAUUACCACGUCUAUAUGUAUGUGGAGCUUUUGCAGCACGUCAUUGUUGAAGUACCGCCGCUACUCGACGAGUCUGACUUACAUAUAGCUCAAUAUACUCUGGUUAUAUUGAAAUCAAUCGCAGAGUACCACCCUCGUGCUCUUCAAGAUCUUCCAAACAAUAUUUUCCCACAGAUUUUGGUUUUGGUUAAGUCCCCACUUUUGCAAGGAUCUGCCCUCAAUUCGAUGCUGGACUUCUUCAAGACCCUUGUCCAGUGCAAUCUGCCAGGAUUGUCUUACAACGAUUUACUACAAUUCUUGAUUCAACCAAUCACCGUCAGUCAGGGUGCAGGAGCCGGUGACGUACCAAUCCACAAACAAGCUUACUAUUCCUUAGCCAAAUGCGUAGCUGCCAUUACAGUAACUAUGCAACACCAAGCUUUACAAAUCGUGCCCCAGUUCAUCAACGAAAUCCCGACUGCUCGUCACGAUUCGCAGAAGAUCUUCACUUUGCUCGUCGUCGGCGAAAUAGGCCGCGAAAUAGACCUGACUAGUUUCGAGAACCUCGAACAAAUCAUCUCUGAAGCGUUCUUCUCCGUUUCAGAAGAAGUAAAGUCGGCAGCUAGCUAUGCCCUUGGUAGUAUCGCCAUCGGUAACUUACAACAGUAUCUUCCAUUUAUAUUGACUGAGGACGAGCAUGAGCCUAGACGACAAUAUCUGCUUCUCCAUUCGCUCAAAGAGGUGAUAGUUUGCUUAUCAUCAUCUCCUGAGGGUAUCCAACAGCUGUUGCCUUUUGUUCCUGCUAUCUGGGAUACCUUGUAUCGACACUGCGAGAGCCAGGAGGAGGGUACACGUAACGUAGUUUCAGAGUGUUUGGGAAAAUUGACCCUGAUCGAUCCCACUCAUCUCCUGCCGAAACUGCAAGAAUCACUAGGUUCUAGCUCGCCGUUAAUGCGUACUACGAUCGUCACGGCGAUCAAAUUCACAAUUUCUGAUCAGCCGGUUUCUAUCGACCCGCUGUUGCGUCAAUGCAUUGGUGAGUUUUUAAAUGCGAUGCAAGAUAGUGACUUGAACGUCCGAAGAGUUGCUCUGGUUGCAUUCAAUUCGGCCGCUCAUAACAAGCCAUCUUUGAUUAGAGAUUUACUUGAUACCGUGUUACCCCAGUUGUACGCGGAAACUAAUAUUAAGCGAGAAUUGAUUCGCGAAGUGGAGAUGGGUCCAUUUAAGCAUACUGUUGACGAUGGUCUGGACUUGCGCAAAGCCGCAUUUGAAUGCAUGUACACGUUGCUGGAUUCGUGUUUGGAUAGAAUUAAUAUAUUCGAGUUUAUUAAUCAUGUGGAACUAGGCCUUAAGGAUCAUUAUGACAUUAAGAUGUUAACCUACCUAAUGGUAUCUAGAUUAGCUCAAAUAUGUCCCGGUGCUGUUCUCCAAAGUCUAGAUAGACUUGUGGAGCCUUUGAAAAGUACAUGUACUAUGAAAGUCAAAGCUAAUUCUGUGAAACAAGAGUAUGAGAAACAAGACGAACUGAAAAGAAGUGCCCUGAGGGCUGUUGUCGCAUUGUUAAGCAUUCCCGAUGCUGAUAAAAAUCAACAUCUGAAUGAAUUCGUCACCAUUAUCAAGACCUCUCCUGAGUUAGCGCAGAUAUUUGAUUCAAUCCAGAAAGAUUCUAGCAGCAAUAUCAAUGAUUUCUUCUUGAUGGAUCAAAGUUAAAUUUUUUGUAUUUUUCUGGUUUAGUUCUUUUGUAUUUUUGUUUCGUUUUGUUUCCUAUUCAUUUCAUUUCGUUUUGUUUCAUUAUUCAUAAUGUUUCUUACUUUGUCAGAUGUACCUUUUCUGGAUCUGAGUUAAUAAAGCUGUGUUUCAAGAA